AUGACUGGUCAGGCCAUGAGCGAUCAAACGCCAUGGUGGCAGUUUUCUUGGGAGCUCUCGACAGGGUGGUCCAUCCUCGCAAGCAUUGGCCAAGUGACUCCGUUAUCUCAAGCAAGCAAGAACAGGAACCUGUUAUCCCUGGGUCGAGAGAGACAAGACACCGGGACAAAAAAAAAGCGCCGGGUUGAGCAUCCCUGCUCGUUCCAGAGUGAGUGCAGCCCAACAACGUCCUGUGGCUGGCGGCAAGGAAAAGUGCAUCCGUGUUUCACCACGCCGAAGCAGGCAAAGAUGGGAUGGGUCUCCCUGGCCAAGCGACAAAAACGCCAAGGGAGGGAGCAGAGAAGGAGGCGAGACGAAGAAUUGAGUUGA